UGGAGCUCCACUCCACGGUGUGCGAUGAUGUGAGUUGAGCUUUUCAGUCCUGCAGAGCAGCAGCUACAGGCGCAUACCGCUCGUCCCUGCCACAGGAGCGCAGGAGGAGACAGGAGCGGACCAGCGGACACUGUCAGCGGGCUUCUUUAUUGUUUUUACCGGGACACAGCGGGGAAGAGAGCGCUUUUUUCCGGAGGGGUCGCUCUGCCCACUCCUCCCUCUCAUUCCCUCCCCGAACGAUGGCAUCAACACAUCAAGCAGCUGUAGCGCGUUGAGGACCGGAGCGAUGCAGUCUUUAUUUAGUGGAGGUGAGCUGGAGCUGCUGGGAGGAGGCGGCGACGCAGGGGGCCUGAAGGAGGAUGGCUGUGGCAGCGUGGUGUGGCGCUCCUCGCCCCUGCCUCCCGAAGACGUCUACUCAGCCUCCCACUUUGCCCUUAUCACAGCCUAUCAGGAAAUCAAGACGAGGCUGGCCUGUCUGGAGCGGGAGAACACCAGCAUCAAGAGGAAGCUCAAAAUAUAUGAGAUUAAGUUUCCUAUGAUCAACGAGUUUGGCGAUGACACCAACUCCUAUUGCUCUUUUGAGAGCAAAGAGACGGCGCUGCUGCACUCAGAAAAUGGCAACCUGCAGCAGAGAGUCAACGUCCUGACCCACGAGCUCCAGAAGAGAAAGGAGAGAGAGGAGCAGCUAGAAGAUGUGAUCCAGGCCUACGAGAAAAUUCACAUGGAGAAGAACAACCUCCAGAGGGAUCUCGACAAGAUGACGAGCCUGGUGGAGAAGCAUGUCGAGCGCAUCCUGAACCUGGAGUCCGUUCUGAGGCAGAGGGACAACUCCCUGCAGAAGCUCAACAUGCAGCUGCACAGCAAGGACAUGCAGUAUCUGCAGCUGCACGCCGGCCCCGACACGCACAUGCUGGACUGUCCGGCCCUGACACUUCAGAGCUCCCGUAGCCUGGACGCUCUGUCGGACCUGAAGCUGCAGCGGCUAGAGGCAGAGCUGGAGGGGGCACGGCAUGAGGCUCAGGGGGCAUGUCAGCGAGAAGAGGAGCUGAAAGCAGAGUGUGAGAGGCUGAAGGAGGAGAUGAGACAGAUGCAGAACAGCCAGAGGGAGAGGGAAAUGACUUCGCCGUGCAAGCAAUGUGAUGUGGAGUGGAUACAGAAGGUGGGCGACGAGCAGGUGAAUUUGGCUCUGGCCUACACGGAGUUAACAGAGGAGCUGGGCCGUCUCCAAGCACUGAGCUCCAAGCAGAUGGAGAUUCUGAGGAAAGCCUCACAGGAGCAGGCUAGUCCAGUUCAGCGUCACUCUCCCAUCCACCACCAGCGUCACUCUCCGGUAUCUCAGCGCCACUCGCCCAUCUCACAGCGCCACUCUCCAGUGCCGCCUCCGCCACACCACUCUCCAAUUCAACAGAGACGCUCCCCGGUACUGCAGCGCCUCUCGCCCGACAUGCACCGUCGCUCGCCCCUGCUGGACGUCAACAAUGGACCGGCUUCUUACUCCUGCCGGCCACCGAGCCAGCACCUGCGGGCCAGCUUCCAGGGCAGGAGGAGUUACUCAGAGGUUGCCGACCCCUCGGCUUAUCAGUGCCCACCCCGAUUCUCUCUGGACCCCGUCUCCACCCUACCCAAGCCUCGGCCUUAUGUCGAGAGCUACUCAAAACAACAGUCACAACAUGUGGGCUCUCCUCACAGUGGACUGCAACAUAGGGGUUCCCCGUCUCCCCAUAAAGGUGGUGCGGGGGGAGAAGGGGGCCUCGGCGAGAGCUCCAUGCGCCACUCCAGAGAGAUGCCAUUCCCACUGUCUGAGGUGGCCCACCUUCAUUUUGAGCCCCCUCCUCCUUCCACACCAGCCCCCCAGCCCAUGCAAUCCUCUGAAGAUGAGGAGGAGUGGACCUGCCCUCAUCCCAUCAGCCCACCACGGACUCUGGGAGUGCUUUCUGCAGCAGUGCCCAGCAGUGUCAUGAGAGGUCCGGCAUCUUGCUCGGCCUUCCCCAUCCCUCAGAGGCCUAACACCCUCAGCUGCCACCCACAGCCGGGGUACAUGUCAGCAGAGCACGCUCAGUCCUGGCCCUCAAUCAAUCUCUGGAUGGAGACUGAGGAGAGUGACAUGCGCAGUUGCCCUCUCUGCCAGCUGAUAUUCCCUGUCGGUUACCCUGACGACGCGCUCAUCAAGCACAUCGACUCCCACCUGGAGAACAGCAAGAUCUGAUUGCCAUGGCAACCAGCUCACAUACACAUCUGCGCUCUCCUCCUUAUAGAUUAUGUAAGAGAUUGUCAGACCUGGCCGAACACAAAGUCAACUGUGGAAUCCAGUGAGCUGUGGGUUCAAAAUCUGUAGGUAGGGAUGCAAAAAUGGCACAUGGGGCCUUUUUUAUUUUUUUUCCCCUAUUUCUUUCAAAAGGGAGAAGGACCUAACACACGGGUCCGUCUUGGAUUUGUGAGUCUACAUGCAGAGCCCUAUACUGACUGCUCUUUAGAAAGCUCUGCCUGUAUAAUCACUGGCUCUGGUUGCUGCUGUUUUGUUAUGACUCUUGUUGUGCACAGUUUCAGGUAUUGUGUUGUUUUGCGCAUCACACGAGCUCUGCAUGUCAAAGAGUUAGUUUCAGUGUUCAUGAGUAACUGAUCAGGGAGAUCUGAGGCAUCUUUUUUUGAGAGACUAUUGUUACCUUUUAGUUUUAAAUAUUGUACACCGGCUUGGAGAUAUUCUGCCCCACAAUCACACUGCAUCAUACUUUGCAAGGGAUUCAGAGCAGUGACUAUGAUCUGGUCGAAAGUGGCUGUUCGAAAUGAUGUGAUGGAUAUUCGGUACGUAAGGGAAAGUGAUUAGUCAUACAAAGACAUACUUUUAGUUUUGAUAUUGAAGUAAUAGGAGAAUGAUACUGUGAAGGAAUUAUGACUGCUUAGUUUGACGCCAGUUCACUUUUGUUGGAACAGAAGAAAUGUAUACCUUUCCAUGGCAGUUAAGAAAGUAUUUAACAUUCCAGUGUCACAUUUCAUCAAACGACAAGCUGGAAAAUAUGAAUGUUAAGUUUGGAUCAUCGCCUGACGGUGGUUUUUACCCUAACUUGAGUUUUUGAUGAUGCCCUGCAGGGCAGGGCACGGACAGUGAUGCAUAUUCUUCGUGACUGGAGGAAAAGUUUAGUCAGAAUAUAUGCUUUAUGCUUGCAGCCUGGUCAAAAAUGGACGUAUCUUAGCACUUUAAGUUAGCAAAGCCUAUAUAAAUGUAUUCGUUUUUAGUCCCCACAUAUAUACAUGCAUAUACUGUAUAUAUUACAUGUAUAAUUUACUCUUUAUAUUGUCUAUCUGUAAGGCAAAAAAAAAAGAAAAAAAAAAAGAAGAUAUAUUUUUGCAAAUGUCGAUCACCACAUGGCUCAUGUUGGUGAGGUUUCUCCCACAUGCUUGCACACUGAUUUACAGUAGUGAGGUCAAAAUCCCACUGCAUGGGAUACUUUAGGUAUUAAGAGUUUAAAAAUAGCUAUCAACUGAGAUUCUCCUCAGUCUUCCUAAAGAUCUUAAACGUCUCCACUGCCCAGACCACCCAAUAACACACACACACACCACCGGCUGCAUGAGAUCGAGGCUUGUGAACUGCCGUGAACAGUGGCAGGUUUUUGAGUGAAAUGUAUUUCUAUGCCAGACUCAUCCCUCCAAUCCGCAAUGUUAUCUCUGCAGGGUUUUUAGAAAAAAAAAAGAAAAAAAAGACGAUACUCUUCUUUUGAUAUGUGGGUUUUAUUUUCUAUCACAAAUGUAGUUUUGUUUUCGAGACCUGCUUUUUUUUGAAGAAAAAAACAAAACGAAAACCAAACAACACAAAGUUACUGAUGUCAGCUAAUCUGAGGCUUUCAGUUAAAUGUGCAAUUUCUAGUGAAGGGGGGUGGGGGGUGUCCCAUCACACCCACUCAUGCAUUUAAGCUGGGUUAGUACAGAAGAGAUGUCAUGCAGUACAUAAGCACUCAUAGUGACUGUGGCAGCAGGAUGAUGCUGGUCAUAGGUUUCUAGUCUUUGCGUCAGUUAUCUUCAACCUCACUGCCAAAAUCCUGAAAACACUGAAUCCCCUUAAGUCUGGGGGCUUUGUUUCAGACUAACUUUCCUAUGAGGGUUUUUUCAAUGGGAGUCAAGGAAUAACAAAUUAAAGGAUAAUCCCAGUUUAUACUUGGAAUUUAUUUUACUAAGUCUGGACAGAGGUUAUUUGCCUGUUACUAGCAAGUAACACACCAGAGCCAGUAAGCUCAUCGGCUUUGGGUCGACAGUUAGUGCACACACAGUUUAUAUAAAAGAUGUACCACCAGAUACUGUAUGUUAUUGUUUCUCAUGUUUUUGUGUAACAGGUUUGUUGGUGAGUUACUGAAGUGGAAAUUUACUUCCAGACACAGCAUUUAAAAGUGCUGUUGUCAUCAGCCCAAAACCGUAAAACCAGGGUUUCUCUCAGUGUUUUACCUGAAAACCUGAAAAAAGGAGUAGCUUAAAUAUCUCCAGUGCAAAAUGAUGCCCUAUUUUAAAAUAUAUUGAAGUGUCAGGUGAAACCAGCAGUGGCAGUGCUUUAUAUUAUAGUGGCCAAGUGCAAGAAAGAGAUCAGUAACUUAACUGGAGAUUUGUUUGAUUCAGCUCGUCGCGUGAUUAAACUGAUAUUGUACUUUUACAUUGCAGCUGAUCUAUCUCCAAUACCUCCAUGUUAUUUUGUUCUCCGUGUCAAUGACGGAUGAGAUCUGCGGCAGCAUUUAGCACCUCUGCUAACCAAUUUCCUGGGGGAAAUCCUGGCCCUACACAGAAUUUCACAAGAAACAUGACAUGGUUUAAAGACGUUUCAAAACCAAGCAUUGUAAUUAAGUACGUUAUAUAGCGUAUCCCCAUCUUCUUAAUGCAUCCUUUUUUGGGAUUUUAAUCUGGUUUAUCUGAAUUACAAUCUGUCCAAACAUUGAUAUCCACCUUGAUUUGAGUGAUGUUGCAGAUUCAAGCACAUAACCGAGUGGUCACAAGUUAUCAUGAGUAAACCAAGUGAAAAACUAACUGAUAUUAUCCUUGAAAAAAAAAGUACAACCUGAUGAAAGAAAAUAAUGGUGUAUGAUAGAAACUUUACGUCAGUGCCGAUACUUGAUUAUUAAAACCAAGAGGGCUUUAAUGACUCCCAGUUAUUAUAAAUGUAUGUUCCUAUAUCAAUAUGUGUACAAAUAUUUAAAGCUGUGUGCAGACAGAUGUUUUGUCAGAGUAAAAGUCUAAUGCAACAUGUUUUAUUCAUCAACUUCAAAUUGGAGUGUCUUUAAGUCAGUAUAUAGACCUAUUCUAUAAUAUUUGCCGCCGCCACCGCCACGCUAAAUAUAAAUUAUAACCCUGCACAUUUCCUCUCUUACCCACUAAGCAGUGACACAAAAUGUCUCUCUUUGGCCACAAGUAGGGCUUGGCAAUAUGGCCACGAUAAAACAUUUUCAAAUCAGGAACAGUUUAAGUCCAAUGUGUUGUUUUUCACAGAGGAAAUGUGCAGCAGGUCAUGAUUUAACAAACAAUUAUGUACAAAUGAAGGACCUUCGCUUCUUAAAGCCAAAGUGAACAAAUGAUUUCCUGUAUGAUAAAAAAGCAGAAAACACUGUUAUUGGGUUUCUUGUUCAUGUUAGUGUGUGGAGAGAUGCAUUGUGGUUAAAAAGGUGCUGGGAUGUUAACACGAAACCACAACACGCUGGCCAUCUAACCCCCCCCCCCCCCCCCCCGUGAGAUCAUAGGUCGAUGCACACGGAUGUUUACAAAUGCAACACAUCCUCACGUUCACAGACUGUGCUGAGAUCCAUUGUGCGAAGAACAUAAAUGCUUGUUCAGGACUUUCUUCACCAACUGUCACAGCAUAGAGAGUCAAAACCUGCACUUGUCUCGUCCGUUUGUCCUGUGGGUGUCCUAACAACAACAACCCGCCUCCUCAGUUUACUCAGGAGAUUUAAACAACGACUAAUCCAGCAGCAGAAAGAUCAGACCUGUCAGCAUUAGAUAUAUUCCUUCAUCAUUGGUUUAAAAAAAAAUAACAAUAAUAAUAAUUCUUCAGAUUUACUCAGGAGACCAAUGGCUUGGACCAACAAAGAGGUACAGUUAAAAAAAAAAACACCAACUUUUUCAUUCUUGUAGAGCUCCACUCUCCAAUAGUGUGGUUGUUCUCUUGGGUAACAUCAAGUGUACACACAAACUUCAGCACUAAUGAACUCUCCACAGCACUAAUGAGAAGUAAUGUCUACUCUGCAACACUGGUGGCGUUUAACCACUUUAUGAGUGUGAUGGGGGGGGGGAGUAAACAACAGAUAUAUAAAGAGUCACUUUUACUUUCUCUCUUUCUCUAUCUGUAAAUAUUCUAAUAAUAAACUGCAAGUUGCACUGAC